AUGACUUUGGCAAAGCUGCAAGUAAAAUUUUGGGUUCCAGGAGCACGCAGGGUAAUAAAGUCAGUAAAGGAGAAAUGUGUUAUCUGCAAGAAGACUGACAAAGUAAGGAUGGAACAACAAAUGGGACAGCUCCCAGAGCAGCGUUUAAAACCUGCGCCUGCUUUCUUCAACACCUCGCUGGACUUAUUUGGCCCGAUGAUGAUAAGAGAUACUGUUAAACGUAGAGUAAGAUCAAAGGUGUAUGGCGUGAUAUUUACUUGUCUCACUAGUCGUGCUGCAUACAUUGACCUGGCGGAGGGAUAUGAUACUGACAGUUUUCUAAGUACGUUCCGGCGAUUUGUUUCAGUACGAGGAUAUCCUCACACAAUCCACUCUGACAUGGGAACGCAGUUAACAUCUGCCAGUAAGGAAAUUAGGGAUAUGACUUCCAGAUGGAAUGUCACUGAGAUAUCAAAGUUUGGCUCACAUCAGGGAACAGCAUGGUCUUUCAACAAAUCAGCAGACGCACCAUGGCAGAAUGGAGUGUGUGAGGCUCUCGUUAAGUCAGUGAAGCGACUAUUGGUCAUUGCCAUUGGAGAAAAUGUGUUGAGUUUUGGUGAGCUGCAGACAGUGGUAUUUGAAGUAGCAAACUUGUUGAACGAACGGCCAAUAGGACUCAAACCGGGUUAUGAUAUAAACUUGGGUACUUACUUAUGUCCUAAUGACUUGCUGCUUGGUCGCGCUAGUAACAAAGUACCAAAUGGACCUAUGGUUGAUACUACUGAUGUGAGAAAAAGAUUCAGUCUUAUUCAGAGUAUUAUAACAUCGUUCUGGAGGCGAUGGAUGAGGGAUUACUUCCCCACAUUAACAGUUAGACAGAAAUGGCAUACUGCACACAGAAAUCUGAAGAAAGGAGAUAUUGUAUUAGUCCAGGAUAAUGAGAUGAUAAGGGGAAAGUGGAAACUAGCACAGGUAUGUCAAGCUGAGCCAGGUAGAGAUGGCAAGAUAAGAGAUGUGGUAUUAAGAUACAAAAACUUGAGCUCUGAUUCUAUAUAUAAAGGAAAGGGGGACCGCUUGAUCAACCGAUCUGUACAUCGAUUGGUGCUGCUUCUUCCUGUUGAGGAUCAAGGAAUGUAA